AUGAACGUUACCGAUUCAAUUGAUCUAGCCAACAGGCACAUUUAUCAUACCGAUCUCUUUUCUUCACAGCUUCAUUCGUUGGUUGAGCAGCUUGAUGAGGAAGAUGACUCGAUGCACGGGGUAGUAGCCGAUGCAUUCCAUAUGAGCUUCCGCUCUUAUAAAGGUCGAUUGUUCCUUCUUGGCUACAACGAAGCUUUAGUGGGCACACUUUCAAACUGGGCAGAUCGAUUGCUUGCUCUCAUGGAAGCUGGUGAUUUCAUUUCAGCCAUUCGUCUAGCAACCUCUUACUACACAGGAGAUGCGGAGAAGCUCACUGUUGGGCUUCCCGAGGAAGACAAUCUGAGACAACCGCUCGUUCAAGACAAGCUUCUCGAAAUGAUUUCCGCAUCCUUGAAAUACGCCUUUGGUCGAAACUCUGAAGCGAAUAGCGACCGCCUUGAUAACCAGCAACUGGAGGAGCUAGCCGAUGUUUCAAUUGCAGCAUGUCUCUGCAUGGCUGACGAAGAAUUCCUUUGGGAAGAGGUCUUCAACUGGUAUGAGGAGCAAGAAUCUGCAGGCACCUUCCUAUCUGCUCUGGAGCCACGAAUUGUCGAUGGAACCUUGCGUUCACUACCUCCCACUGCAGUCAAGGCUUUGAUCAACCAUUUUGUUGGAACUCACUCACCCGGACGCCUGGAAGAAAUUAUUUGCUUGCUCGAUACAACUACGAUGGAUAUUGACCAAGUCACCACUCUAUGCAAGCAGAACAAUCUGUACGAUGCUUUUAUAUAUGUCUGGAACCGCUGUCUGAUGGACUAUAUUGGGCCAUUAGAAGAACUAGUGAGCCUGAUCCCGACACAGUCCGAGACUUUGGUCAACGGCGAGCACGCGAACGAGAUGAGACGGCAAAACAAUGCGAUGAAGAUGUUCCCGUACUUGUCCUUCAUCCUGACCGGCCGCAUCUACCCCACUGGGGACGAUAUGGAAGGAUCUGAAGCUUCGCGCGUUAAAACAGAUAUGUAUCAAUACCUGUUCUCAGGGCGUGGUAAUAGCACAUCGCAAGGUGGUGCUGAGCGCACCGACUCAUUCUCUUCACUCCGAGACAUGCUGAAGUUCGAUCCUUCAAGUUUCAUGAGCAUGCUCAAUGAGGCUUUCGAGGACAGUUUUCUGAAUGAGCCCGAGAGCGAAGAUGCUUCUGCUUCGGGAAUGUCAAUCAAUCGACAAUAUCUGAUCAGCAUCUUGCUCCAGGUCAUGACCGGUCCAUUCUUCACACCCUUCGAGACGAUCUACUUAGACAUGUUUGUUGCGCGCAAUCUUCCCAAAUACCCCCAGUACAUCUUGCUCUCCGGAACGACCCUGCAACAAGUUCUGGUCCGUGUCUGUCAAUAUUCCGAAGAAGAGAUGGCAGAUGACUGCGAGUUGAGUGCGGAGUAUCUGCUCUCUUUCUAUCAUCCGCCCGACAUUCAAAGUAUGAUUCCUCUGUUCAAGGAAGCCCGCUUUUUCCGAGUAUUGAAAUCAACGUUCAAGUCAGAAAAGCAAUACGCCCAGCUGGUCCUCACCUACUUGGAGGACCCGAACGAUCGCGACAUGAUCUUUACCUGUUUGCAUGAUUGUCUCCGCGUGGGGUCAGGACUUAGCAAGAAGCAGAGACGAGACGUAAUUGACGUUAUAGAAAAGCAUGCCCACGAGGUUGCUACGAUUGACGUUUUUCGCACGUCCCAGACAAUGCAGGACCUAGCCCCUGAGACACAUUCUACGUUCCUGCGGGUUCUGGAGGAGGAUCCCCAGAAGCAGUAUCAAUACUUGCGUGUCUUGAUUGAGCCGCAUGCUCAAACAGCGGACAAUCGAGCCCCACCGGCCGUGGAGAACUGGAUGAUUGAGCGUUACGUGCAGCUUCUGUGCAAGUACAAUCCCUCUCACGUGGCAGGAUUCGUCGACGGACUUCGAGUGGGUGACAUCCACUUGGAGGAAUUGCUUCCCUUCAUAGAAGAGAGUGGAGCCAUCGAUGCUGCUGUCAUUCUCCUCGCCCGGCAAGGCCAGGUCCGUGAGGCUCUAGACCGUCUCGUUGCGCAUCUGAAAACCCUUGAGUCUGGUCUGAUAGGAAUUCUCCAAAGUGUCCGCGACAGUCCCGACUCAGCCACCACCGCAGAGGCAAUUGACGACUUGAUCGAGUCCUUGAACAAGUACGCAGGCGUUGGUACUUGGCUCUGUCAGGGCCAGAGCAAGACUGUCAAGCAAUCCCGGCUCGGUAGCUCCAACGGUCAACGUAAUUCACCGGCGCUCGAACAGCCACUUGCAUUUGAUGAAUCUCUCUGGCUCGACCACAUUGAAGCGGUCGUGCGAAUCGCAAGUAAUGUCUUCGCCUUCAUCCAGGACAGUAACGAAACAAACACUCAAUCCAACCCCCUCGGCGAAAGCAGCCAGUUAACAACAUCCUUCCGAACGCUCGUUCAGCAGGUCUUCACAGCCCUCCUCGCGAGCACGGUCAAGGCCAAUACUUCCGAAAGGACAGACAUGUCGUUCCUUCGCAUCCUGCGCGCCUUCCUCACCAGAGCCACCACGUGGUCCACCUCCCUGCUCGAGCUCCGCGCCGUUCUUGCCUCCAUCUUCUCCGCCUACUCCUACGAGAAAUCCCUCCUCACCCUUGCCAACGGCAUGCUAGACCGUGACCUCUUCGUCCAUGUCGACGAGGUCACCCGCCUCCGCCAACAGGGCUGGCGACCCCGUGGCCACGUCUGCGAAAUCUGCCAUGUCCGGAUCUGGGGCCCCAGCGUGGGUGACGCGCACUGGUCCGCCUGGCAAGACCGACAGGCGGAUUCGUACUCGCGCCGCAUCGCGCGUCGCACGGAGGACAGCUACAAUCCCUCCGAGCGGGGCAAAGGCAAAGCCGCCGAUGUGGGGCACCAUCCAUCACGGUUGGAUAGGUACGAGCACCAGCAUGACCCUGACGAAGACCAUGAAGGGGUUGCAUCUGGACCGGUCGGAGCCCCGAUGCCUGAGCCGGUGGUGAUUUUCUCUUGUCGACACCUGUUCCAUCGUCGGUGCGUGUCAAUUGCUAUUGGCGCGGCCGCCCGUCCUGAAACCACGACUCGGAGUGAGCCGCCCGAAUUGUUCUGUCCGGCUUGUACAUAG